AUAAGACUCUUCUAAUUAUUUAUAUUUAACGGAGUUAAAUCCGGAAUUGAAAAUACCCUUUACUAAGAAAGAUAAAUGGAUUAUUGUCAACAGACAACAAGAAGGAGGCACACUAAAAGAAAUACUCGUUGAUAGAAAUAUUAUGAUAUGGGAUCCAAUUAAGGAAAAACUAUUAUCUCCCGGAAAAUGCAUGGAGAUCAAUUGUGCUUUCGGCCAGACGACUAAAAUGGUCUUGCUGCCGCAUCUACAUCACGAAUCUCUACAUUAAUAGGUACCGAUAGUUUGGAAGUUAUGAUAGAAUACGCGAGAAGAAAAUACACUGGCGAAAGAAUAGAUUUCGAUAUAUUGGAUAUUCAAGCGGAAAAUCUACCCGAGCAAUAUAUAGGUCAAUUUGAUCACGUUUUCUCAUAUUCCACCAUAAAUUCACGUAAUAAUGUUCUGCAAGAAAUUAAAAAUGUAUCUAAACUACUGAAACGUGGAGGGUGCUUCCAUUUGACAAUGGUCCUCGCACAUGACGCAUUUGGAUUGUAUAAUAAAAUGCUGAAUCAUCCAAUUUAUGGAAAAUAUUUUAUGAAAUACGUUUCAGAUUUUCAUUAUUAUCACGUUAAUGCCGAUGGUUACUUAAGACAAUUGAUUGAAUUCCAAGGAUUUAAAAUAAAGUACUGUCAAACAAAGGAUAUAAUAUAUAAAUCUGAUUACAUUUUACCGCAUAUCGUCUUUGAGCUUCCUUCCAUACAUGAACUGACACCUAAACAACAGCAAGACCUUAAGGACAUAUUAAAAAAGAAAUGGAACAAAAUGGAAAAAAAGUUUGAUCGAUCUUCAUAUGCCAAUGACCCAAAAUAUGACCCAGAAUGUAACGAUUUAUUCGAUAUUGUACAAAUAUUAGCAUAUAAAUCGUAAUACCUGUUAGAUUUUUAUAAUGAUAGAGUUAAUUAACUAUUCUAUCUAUCUAUAAUAUAAAACAUAUUCUUUAUGUAUUUAUAAUGUAAUAUAUAUUUAUA